GUCGGCGGCUGCCGGGUAACAUGGUUACGUGUCAGAGAGUAACAAUCAUGGAACAUGGAAUAAGGCGAAAGAGGCAGCCGCAGCAAUCCCAGCCUCCCGGAGAGUCCAUGGUGCAAUGAAUCCCGCUGCGACCAGAUUCAGCCCACAAGAGAAUAAACCCAGCAGCACUCACGCUGGCUAAUUUUAGCUAAUAACCACUCUGCCUGAUUGCGGUGGCAGCAAGUGAGAGAUGGAUAAGGUUUCCUUGUUGUGGCAUUGAACUGUAUACAUACUUCCUACUUGGACUGCUCUCGCAAUUCAAACCCAUCAUGACAGGCUCUACUUCCAAUGCCCACCACUGCCCCCAUCCCAAGGGAGCCAAAGGGGGCCGGUCAAGGAGCACCCAUGCACGGCCUGUCAGCACUGCCAACAACGGGGGCUCGGAAGAAGAAGACAAAGAUGGAGGGGUGCUUUUCCUCGUCAAUAAAAGUGGCUUCCCUAUCGAUGGGCAAACCUGGGAGAGGAUGUGGGUGCAUGUGGCAAAGGUGCACCCUGCAGGCAGAGAGAUGGUGGAGACAAUAAGGAAUGCUGCAUACCUGGCUAAACCUUCAGUGCCGCCAGUGCCAAACUACAGGCUCUCCAUGUCUAUCCCAGAAUGGCUUCAAGCAAUACAGAAUUACAUGAAGAUGCUGCAAUACAAUCACACAGGAACUCAGUUCUUUGAAAUUAGGAAAACAAGACCUCUAAGUGGGUUAAUGGAGACGGCAAGAGAAAUGACCAGGGAAUCCUUACCUAUCAAAUGCCUUGAAGCAGUUAUCCUGGGGAUAUACUUAACCAAUGGGCAGCCUUCCAUGGAACGAUUCCCAAUCAGCUUUAAAACCCACUUCUCAGGAAACUAUUUUCAUCAUGUGGUGCUUGGGAUUUACUGCAAUGGCCGGUACGGGUCACUGGGCAUGAGCAGAAGAUCAGAUCUGAUGGACAAACCUUUGACCUAUCGAACUCUGACCGAUCUCGUCUUUGAAUUUGAAGAUUCCUAUAAAAAGUAUCUACAUUCAGUCAAAAAAGUAAAAAUCGGAUUAUACGUCCCACAUGAGCCACACAGCUUUCAGCCCAUUGAGUGGAAGCAGCUGGUCCUCAAUGUAGCAAAGAUGAUGCGGACGGACAUAAGGAAGGAGCUGGAGAAAUAUGCCAGGGAUAUGAGAAUGAAGAUUCUAAAACCCUUAAGUGCCCACUCUCCAAUCAAAGAGAGAUCACGAGGCAAGUCACUGUCCCCUCGCCGAAGGCAAGUCAGCCCUCAGAGACGGGUGUGCAGAAGAGACAAAUCGCCUGCAGUGAUGGACAAGAAAGGGGGUGAUCUCACUACAUUGAAUGAAGUGGGCUAUCAACUACGCAUCUAACAAAGCCAUAUGCCAGAUGGAGGGCUUCCAUGGUGCUUCUCACUGCACACAUUACCAUAUGCUCCGUUGAAAGAAAGGGGAGGUGGGGGAGAAGAGAAACCAGGACUAUUUAUUAAGAACUUGUGGAUUUUAUUUAAAGUUUCACUUAGAAAAUAGAAAUUCUAGAAUGAUGGCAGUAUUUUUUUAAAUUCAAGUGACAUCAAUGAAAAACUAAAUUAUCGACAGGAUUUCUUCCCCUCAUCAAAUAGGAGGGAACCACUGUGUGUUUUUUUUUUUUUAAUUUAAAUAAUUGUUUCUAAUCUAUUUAAUUGGCUUUUAAUAUUGUGCUCCAUUAGUAGUAUUAGGAGUGGUGAUGAAAUAUUUCUCGUUAGUGUUAACGUGCUGGGGUGCAGUCGGUUUAAACAUCAAGUCAAUAUUAAUUUUUAUUCAGCAAUAAAAAUAGCAGUGCAGAGGUGGAUGUGACUUUUUAAAGUGUAUUACCUCAGUAUACAAGAGAUAUGCAAAAUUUACAAUUUUAAUUUUAUAACCAAUUUGUACUGUUUUCCAGCAUUUCUGGGAGUACUAUGUAACUGCAUUAGAUGUACCCCGCCACUCUUUAUUAUGUGCAUGCCUAUGAAAAAGUGUAAGGUUUGAUGCAAGUGUCU